AUGGCCAAGUCCCAGCAGCUGCUGUGGCUACUGCUGCUGUCCACGCUGUGCGGCGCAGGCGCAGCUGACUGGACCGCCUCGUCCCUGGCUUGUGCCUGGGGCCCCGAGUACUGGUGCCAAAGCCUGGAGCAAGCACUGCAGUGCAGAGCCCUAGGGCACUGCCUACAGGAAGUCUGGGGCCACGCAAAAGCUGAUGACCUGUGCCAGGAAUGUGAGGACAUCGUCCGCAGUCUCACCAAGAUGAUCAAGGAGGCCAUUUUCCAGGACAUGAUGCGGAAGUUCCUGGAGCAAGACUGUGACGUUCUGCCCUUCAAGCUUCUCGUGCCCCAGUGCCAUCACCUGCUUGACACCUACUUCCCAGUGGUCGUCAACUACUUCCAGAGCCAGAUCAACCCGAAGGUCAUCUGCAAGUACCUGGGCCUGUGCAAACCUGGGCGUCCAGGGCCAGGGCAGGAGUCAGGGCUGUCAGACCUGCUGCCGGAGAAGCUGAUCCUCCCCGGGCUGCCAGGAACCCUCCAGGUGAGGGCUGGGCCUCACACCCAGGAUCUCUCUGAGCCUCGGCUGCCCAUCCCCCUCCCCUACUGCUGGCUCUGCAGGACUCUGAUCAAGCAGAUCCAAGUUGUGAUUCCCAAGGGUGUGCUGGCCACGGCUAUGGGCCAGGUGUGCCAUGUCGUACCCCUGGUGGUGGGUGGCAUCUGCCAGUGUCUGGCCGAACGUUACACCGUCCUGCUGCUGGACGCGCUGCUGGGCCGCGUGCUGCCCCAGAUGGUGUGCGGCCUGGUCCUCCGGUGCUCCAACGGCGCUGGCCCCGCUCUGGAGUCCCUGCCCGGAGAAUGGUUACCUCAAGAGUCCGAGUGCCACGUCUGCAUGUUCGUGACCACGCAGGCCGGGAACAGCAGCGAGGAGGCCAUGCCACAGGCAAUACCCCAGGCCUGCCUCAGCUCCUGGCUGGACAGGCAAAAGUGCGAGCAGUUUGUGGAGAGGCACACACCCCAGCUGCACACCCUCAUGGCCGGGGGCCGGGAUGCCCACACCACCUGCCAGGCCCUGGGCGCGUGUAAGACCACGUUCAGUCCUCUCCAGUGUAUGCACAUUCCUCAGUUCUGA